AUGUCCCUCGCCACACUCCAGCACCUCCCAGGCGCACUCGCAGCGGGAGUCUCAUCUAUUGUACAGAGACUGACCACCACCUCUUCCACCCCCCUGCUCCCCUUCAUCCCCAAAUCAGUCAAAGUUGUCCUUCUUCUUCUCUUCAUUGCCAACUCUGGAUCAUGGCCCUUUGUCUGGCAUGUGCGCGUCUGGUGGUUCGGUGUCAAGGCUUACUACUUGGCAUGGCACAAAGGUCACGCCAGGUACCUGUCUGACUGGAAGAAGGCGAACGACCAGUCUGGCGGUGUCAAAGGCUUGAGAGUGAGGCACAAACGGACUGCUGGCAUUGACGACUGCGAUUACAAUCUCCACUUGAGCAACUCAUGCUACGCCAAAAACUCGGACAGCCUCAAGAUGGACUUUUGCAUUCAAUUGCUGUCUCCUGUGUUCACCCCUGGGGCUCGCAUGGCUCUCGGUGCCACGCAUUACAACUUUUUCAAAGAGAUCCCCAUCGGCAUGGAGUAUACCAUGGAAGCCUACACCCUCGGAUGGGAUGAAAAGUGGCUCUUUUUCGCUUGCGAAUUCGUCAUUUACCCAAAGAACAAAAAGUCCAAGGGCUCAGCCGCCAAGGACAAGGCCAUCACCCAAGCUUCUUCCGUCAUCUCCUCUGCUACGCCCCAGAUCAUCCCUACCAUCUCUGGCACCUCCACCCCUCUCCCUUCCGAUGCGGCCAUCCCCUCCAGCCCCUCGGCUCUUUCCAAUCGAUGUGAAGACCUCAAAAAGGCUUGGGUCGCCCGCCGUCAGGCCGAACCCCGAGAGGACGGAGGAGUUCUGUGCUGUCUUAGUAUCAGCGAGUACUGCCUCAAAAUGGGCAGGGUCACCAUUCCUCCUAGAAUCGCGCUUUGGCUUGCCCUCCAGUCGCCCGACAAGGCGCAGCAAGAUAGGGCCAAGGCAAUCGUGCUUGGGAAGGAUGCCGGAAAGGCGUUUUUGAGGGGUGGGUGGAAGGAGGAGCCUAAUGCCGAGACUUUAGGCCUGGACAUUGGGCUUGAAGAUGGGGAAGUGUUUGAAGAUAGCUGGGUGAGGAAGGGUGCCGAGGCCAUGGAGAAGGUUUUGGAGGGUGUCAGCGCAUUCUAG